AUGUAAAAUAGUUCCCUUUUUGACUACAUAGACAUAGAAUUAGAUCUAAUAAUUGACUAAAACUCAUAAAUUUUAUUCAAUAAUUAAAUUCCCAUUUUUUCUUCACAUUACCAAACUGAAAAUAACGAAAAUCUUCAAAAACACAUAUAAUUCUUAAAUUAAUACUUCCCAGAUUUUCCUAAAAAAAUAGUUUUAAAUCCAAAUACUUAAUUAUAAGAUUUCCAUAAAAUAAUAAAUAUAUUAAAACCUCCUUAUAUUUGUUUUAUAUAAGGUGAAAAAGGCAAAAUAACUCGCGUUUUUAACCAAAAUUUGACUCCAGUAUUUGACUAAAAUCUAAGCGAUCCAACUGGAUAAGGCCAAAUGUAAAAAAGUGAAAUUUUCCAAAUUAAAUAAGCUUUGAACAUUUUUCCUAAAAAAUUUUAUAUUUUUGGAAAUUCAAUUAAAUUGAGUCCAACUCCUCAUUUAUAUUCCUCUUUAUUCCAAAAAUACAACUUAGAGUUCUAUUAAAUAGAAAGAGUAGAAGUCUAGCAUUUUUCUGAAAUUCAAAAAUACAUUAAAUCUCCAGAUUUUAAUGCAGGGAUAGUCACUAUGCCUUUUAAAUAAGAUAUUAAUCAUUAUGUAGAUUUUGUUUAUGGAAAAGCCGUUAAAAUUAAUCCUUCUUAGCCUGUUAUUAAUACUAUUCUAUAAACUAAUUCAGGUAAAAUUGUAGGUUUUAACAGUGAUUAUGAUGGAGUUUAUCGCUUAUUGAAAAAAAAAGCAAUUCAUUUUCCUAAAAAACCUUUUGCUCUACUAGUAGGAGCUGGUGGAACAUCAAAAACAGUUCUUUAUUGUUUAAAAAAUCUUAAAAUUUAGACUAUAUUAUACAGUAGAAGUCCAAACGAAAUAAAAGAAGACCUUUAUUUCUACAAAAGUACAUCUUUGGAAGAAAUAGACCUGUUUAUUAAAGAAAAAGGCAUUUUUUUUUCACUUAUAGUAAGUUCUAUUCCUGGUAUUUCAAAUAUGGAACUUCCAAAAAGUUUUAUUUAAGAAAAAAGUUGUAUUUUUGAUGUUUCUUAUAUUCCGAAAGAAACUUGGUUGAUAAAAUAGGCUAUAGAUAUGGGAUGCUAAAAUAUUAUUUAUGGAAUUGAUAUGAUUUGUACUUAAGCUAUUUUAUAAUCUUCGAUUCUUUUGGGUAGAAAAACUGAUUAGAAAUUUAUUAGAAAAGUUGUUUUGGAAUAUUAUAAUGGAUUAUAAUUAAAUGAAUGAUAAAUAUUUUAAAAAUUUGAAAUUUAAAAUUUUUUAAUAUUUAUUUAUUUUAUUUUAUU